AUGGCAUCCAACCCUUCCAACGUUUCUAAACAGGUUGUAACCAAAGCCUUGGAGAACGGACAGGUCUGGGUCGACUUGGGAUGGCAAUCGCCCCUGACUGGGCUCACCCCACCCCGAGGUGCACCAGGUGUCGAAAUUUCGACGAAGCCGGUGCCGCCGUUGCCGUUCGCAAACAAAGGUCAGACGUGCAGAUCAGGAAAGAGACAUGAUGAUGCCAAAGUGGAGACCAGCAACGUGCCCAUUGAGCAGCAGACGGUGGAAGCAGAAAUGAAGAGGCUGCACGAACUUCGAGAGGCAGUUGCAAAGUUCAGCUUUGAGGGUCGUGCAGCUGUUACGGCCUUGCAAUCGGAUAUUGAUCACCUACUGGAUGAGCAGAGUGAGUCAUUUCAGCUGGCAGAUGAGCUGAAGCAGCAGCUGAGAACAUUUCGUGGAUGA